AUAAUUAAUCGCGAAAAGAAAAAACUGUGUUCUCGCCCCCCAAAAGUCUUUGAACCCUUUUUCGCCCAUUGCUACUUCCUCACUCUUCAUCUUCUUCCUCCCACUCACUCUGCAAACAAGAUGCCCAAAAUAUCCUCUCUAAAGAUUGAUUUUGCUUAGUUCGCGCCUGUUAUUCUCCUUCAAUCAUAUUCUAGGGUUACACCUCUGCCGCUUUCUGCCGGAAGUUCUCUUCUUUCAUUAUCUUCACGUGGUCGGUUGAUGGAAAGAUUAGCAAGGGUGUUCAAUAAUAACUUAUGGCAAUGGCUUUCUAUUCCACUACAAGAGCAAUUGGGCAUUAGUACAAAAUUCAUGGAACUAAGUCAAUUUUUAUAUUCAAGCUUGUUUCGAAGGAUUUUAUGAGAAAACUAUAGUUCAUCAAACACAAGGAGAAUGAAUCAUGGACAAAGUGCUUGUGAACUUUAUUUUGCUCGGAAUUGUGGAUGAUUACUUGGUGAAGGGAGAGAUGUAUGGAUUGAAAAGUUGACUUCAUAAUUCAUUAGUCAUUGAAGAAUACAUAUGAUUUGUUUGAAGGGUUGCCAAGAGUAAUAGUUCAACUGGUCUACUUUUAUAUUUUACUGUAUUUAGGAGAAAAUCCUUAGAGUUAUGAGUGGAAGUGGCAGAAAACGCACGUCAAAAUGGGAUUUGAGAGAAGAUUCUCACUUGGAAACUGACAGUGUGCAACAACAUGGUUGGCCUGGAAAAGAAUCACGUCCUGGUUGGAUUUCUCCUGAACUUGCAAGUGAUGAUGGUUCCAAGUGGUCUGGUAUGGGAACCACCAAUACCAUUUCAAAACCUAAGCAAGAUUGGGGAUUGCUGUCGGAGGAACCUUUACCUGCCAGAGCUUCACAUAAGGAGGAUUACAAUAAUAAAGGUUAUAAUAAAAAUAUGGAAGGCACGGCUGAACAGGAUUGUGAUGAUAAAAGCUACGGCACAAGAAUGUCUCCUGGUCUAGAUGGAUGGAGAAGACACAGCUCUAACCUGUCUGAUAGAAAUGAUCGGAGCAGGUCAGUGAGGGGUAGGAGUAGAAGCCGGAGUUGGAGUAGAAGCCGGAGUAGAAGUAGAAGUCCUCAUAGUUUUAAGCGGGACUCUGGGUUUCAUGAUAGAAACAGGAACAGAUCCCGUGGUUCAACUCAAUUGUGCAGAGAUUUUGCUUCUGGAAGAUGCAGGCGAGGUAAUGGUUGUCAAUUUCUUCACCAGGACAAUCAAAAUCUGGAUGAUAGCUGGGAAAAUAGGAACAAGAAGGGGGGGCGACCUUUAAGAUCAACUCCCCAUGAUUUUAGGGACCAUCCCAGGGGUGGAAGAUCAACUGCUCAAUGUACCGAUUUUGUGAAGGGAAGGUGUCAUAGGGGUGCCUCUUGCAAGUAUCCUCAUGACAGUGCAUUUCAUGAACUGUCACGAGGUUCUCCAAAUGAUAUUAGUAGAGACAGGGACAAUGAUAGGAGUAAAGAACCAUACUUCUCACGUGGUGAGCGUGAACCUUGCAGUAGCAGUCUUGUUAUCUGUAAAUUUUUUGCUGCUGGAACUUGUCGUAAUGGAAAGAAUUGCAAGUUUUCUCAUCAUAGCCAGCCACGUCCAAGUCCAGAGAGAAAAUCAAGUACUGAUAGAUGGGAACAGUUUCAAAGUUCAGAUGGUAGGGAUCGGUUGUGGGAUCGCACAAAAUCGAGUGAAUUGGCCGGUGGUUCCGAUUUCACUCAGUUGAGGGAGGACAAAAGCGAACAAAUUGCUAGUCAAGAACCAAGUUAUACAUGGCCUUCGGAACAAAAAUGGGUUCAUGGUUUGAAUAAUGAGAGCAAAACUCAGUGGGAUCAAACUGUUGGCAUCAAGGCAGUUCAGAGCAACAAGAAGGAUACUAUUCUGAGCAAGGCAGAAGACGCUGGUGGUUCCAUGGGCACUUCUGACCCUAGAGGUCACAGAAAGUGGCCAAGUGAUGAUAUGGAGAUGUCUCCUGAUUGGCACUACCCUGUGCAACCAUCCAGUCAUGUGGUGAAAGGCGAUUGCAACAUCAUGCCGGAAUCUGGCUCUAAAACUUCCAUGGCUUUGGCCACUCUUAGCCAUGCGAUAGUUCAAGAGGCUCUGGCUAAGAAGCAAGACAUUUCCAUAGAGCCUAUAACAGUUGAUAAUACUCAUUUUCGGCAAAACCAUAAUCUAACAAAAGAUGUUACUAUUUCACCAGCAUUCAAUGAUAAGAUUACAAUCGACAAACCUAUUGCUUCACAUGCUGAAGGCAAUCCUUCUAGUAAUAUUGUCCUUGGACAAAGAAUGACAUAUCACACUGACCAUCCAGGCGGAAUCGUAAUGAAUCCGAAAGUUUCAGAUGGAAAUUUUAGAGUUAAACAGCAGGAGGAGGGUGGAAGCAUGCCGGGAAUUAACUCUGGAACAACUAUCACUCCAAACAUAGUAACCAGCGAACAAAUUACCCAAUUAACUAACCUUUCCGUCUCUCUUGCACAAUAUUUUGGAAAUGUGCAACCAUUGCCUCAAUUGUAUACCUCCCUUAACACACAUAGUGUGUCAGAAACACCUUCCUUCCCUUAUUCUGAUGCAUCCGUGGGUGCUUUGGGAGUAUCGAUGAAGUCAGGUCCCAUAAUUGAAUCCUCGAAGCAACAUGAUCCUACUCUCUGCAAUAGCUUAGAGCUGAAGAAGCUUGAAGUCACUAAAACACCUUCAGACUGUUUGCUGAAUUCCACUGGACAGAAAAGCACUACAGAAGUGAAGGAUGGAGUACAGAUACCAAAUUUGCCUCUAUCAUCUGAUUCUUGUAACAAGAUUGGCAUCUCUGCUAAAGAAACUCUUCAUGGGAGUGAUGCAAUAAAUCAUGGGAAGCCAGCAGCUGAUGGUGAGGCUAUCAAAGAGAAGAAUGGUGAUGGGGAAAGUGAGAACAAGACUGACCCAGAGGAUUCUCAAGAGAAUGAUGCUACAGAAAAUGCAAAUGGGAAUGAUGGGGUCCAUGAUAAGAAGAAAAGUAAGGAUGCUAAGGGAAUUCGUGCUUUUAAAUUUGCACUUGUGGAGUUUGUCAAGGAAGUUCUAAAACCUACAUGGAAGGAAGGUCAUAUCAGCAAAGAUGUUUAUAAAACCAUAGUCAAGAAAGUGGUGGACAAAGUGACAGGUACCUUGCAGGGGGGUCAUAUUCCUCAAACGCAGGAGAAAAUUGAUCACUAUCUUUCAUUUUCAAAACCAAAGCUCACUAAACUUGUUCAGGCGUACGUGGACAGAGUUCAGAAGACGACUUGAAAAGACGAGGUUGUCGAAGUACAUUCUUAUGUAUUUUUUUUUUCUUUUUCAAAAUCAUCCGAUGUACUAAUUUGUUAAAGAAUGUUGCAGCCUUCGGAAUGAUGUUUGUGAUGUCUUACUAAUGUAGUGUAAUGUAUCUCCCAUUAGCAGUCUUAGUUACACCUUUCUUCAGCCUUCUGCAAAUUAGAUAUAUGGAAAUUUGUUGGUUUUAGUUUGUGCA